AUGUAUUUAAAAAUUCUUCAAUUUUAUUUUCAAGAUAAACAGUAUCCUUUUCACUUUGAUACUAACGUUAGUGAAAUCUCAUUAUACACAGAAUACAAAAAGAAUCUUCAAUCUGAUUCAUGGCGUUUAUACCAGCUGGAAAGAUCAUUAUCUAAUCCAAACCAUCCAUUUUCUCGUUUUGGAAGUGGAAAUUUGUUCUCUUUAAAAGAACUUCCACUUCAAAAGGGUUUGAACAUAAGAGAUGAAUUAUUAAAAUUUCAUGAUAAAUAUUAUUCUGCCAAUUUGAUGAAAUUGGUCGUUUUGGGUAGAGAUCCUUUAGAUCAAAUGGCUUUGUGGGUUGUCGAUAAAUUUUCAGGAGUUAAAAAUAAGGGUAUUCCGGUCCCUACAUUUGAAUGCCCAUUGACUGAAAGUGAAUUAAUGAGACAAGUAUUUGUGAAACCAGUUAAAGAUAUACGUUCCUUAGACAUAACUUUUCCUUUCAUAGAACAGGCGCCUUUAUAUACUUCAAAACCAGGAAGAUAUUUAUCGCAUUUAAUUGCACAUGAAGGGUAUGGUUGGGCAAAUUAUUUAGAUGCUGGAUCGGUUUCUGGAGCUGUUGGAUUUGAUUUUUUUAAAAUAUCAAUAGAUUUAACAGAAACUGGAUUAGGUCAUUAUAAGGAAAUAGUAAAAGUCAUAUUUCAAUAUAUUAAAAUGUUGAAACAAAUUGGUGUUCAAGAAUGGUGCUUUCGAGAAGUUCAAUCUCUAGCAGAGAUUUCAUUUCGAUUUAAAGAAAAAACAUCACCAGCACGUUAUGCUUCAAAUCUUGCGAGUCUUAUUCAAAGACCAUAUUCACGUGAUUGUAUCAUAAGUGGGCCACAUCUUAUUCGUGAAUAUAAUCCAAAACUUAUAGAUGAAGCGUUAAAAUGUUUAAAUUGGGAUAGGUUUGUUCUUACUUUGGUCAGUCCGUCAUUUACUGACCUAGAUAGAAAAGAACCGUGGUUUGAAACAGAGUAUAGAGUUGAACCUUUUAGUAAAGAAUUUAUUGAGGAAUUACAAAGUCAUGGAAUUGACUCUGAGUUAAAACUUCCACCUCCUAAUGAUUUUAUUCCUACAAAUUUUGAAACGCAUAAGCAUGAAGUCACGCCACAAAAACAUCCAAAUAUUAUUAAAAAUACCUCAUUUUCUCGGUUAUGGCAUAAAAAAGAUGAUACAUUUUGGGUACCAAAAGCUAGUGCAUAUUUCUUACUUAAAAGUCCUUUAGCAUACGCACCAUCACCAUUACAUUGCAUAAAAACCAGGCUCUACACUGAAUUGGUAAAAGAUUCCUUGACUGAAUACUCAUAUAGUGCUGAUCUCGCUGGUUUAAGAUACGAUAUUGAAACACAACGUGAAGGAAUACUUUUGUCAAUAGAAGGAUAUAAUGAUAAGCUUCAUGUACUUUUGGAAAAUAUUGUACGUGCAAUGAUACCAAAGUUUAUAAUUUAUCCAGGUAGAUUUGAAAAAGUUAAAGAAAGACUUCAAAGAGCAUAUAAAAAUACUUUUUUGGACCCACCUCAUCAUCAUGCUACUUAUUAUCUUUCAUAUCUUACAAGAGAUCAAAUGUGGACUAAUGAAGAAAAUUUGGAAGCAUUAGAAGAUAUAACUGAACAAGAUAUAAAAACAUUUUAUCCAGAAUUAUUUAGUCAUUUAUAUAUUGAAUCAUUAGUUCAUGGAAAUAUGUUUAAAGAUGAAGCUUUAAAACUUUUACAAAUCGUUGAAGAUAUUUUAAGAUUUAAACCUCUUUUAUCAACAGAAUUAAUCGGUUGUAGAAGUAUAAUAUUACCAAAGGGGAAAAAAUAUUUAUAUCAACGUAAAGUUCGAGAUCAAAAUAAUGUUAAUUCUGCAAUUGAAUAUUAUAUUCAAGAAUUGAAAGAUAAAAGAGAAUCUCGAGAUUUAACGUUCGUGUUACGAAAUGACGAAGUACAAGAAAGUUUUAAAGAUGAAAGAAAAGUCAGUCGUCUGUGUGGACGAGAACCAAUAGCCCAAAGUUCUACGGCUUUUGACGGAAAUUUAAAUGAGCGUGCAUUUAGAGAGAAAGAUAAGCGUGCAUUUAGAGAGAAAGAUAAGCGCGCAUUUAUAGU